AUGUGCAUGCUCAGUUGCUUCAGUCGUGUCUGGCUCUUUGAGACCCCAUGGGCUAUAGCCCACCAGGCUCCUCUGUCCAUGGGACUCUCCAGGCAAGAAUACUGGAGUGGGCUGUCAUGCCCUGCUCCAGGGGGUCUUCCUGAUCCAAGGACCGAGCGCCUGUCUCCUGUGUCUCCUGCAUCGCAGGCAGAUUCUUUUCUGCUGAGCCACCGGGGAAACCUGAAAGAGGGACGGGCCACUUCUAAGACAGAGGGGACGGCCCGAGGCACGCGCAGCGUCGGGCUGCAGCCACUGAGCUGUAUCCAAGGUCAAGCCACAACUUACAGCCCUGAGGUCAGCCCUCCACUUCUUUUCACACUCUCAUUUCUCCAGUGCAGAGCUCACAUUAGUGACCUUACUUUGUGA